AUGACCUCCCCAGUGGAUCAAACCUUUGAAUUAGACAAUAGAGACAGGGACAAUGAGCACUCACCAAACUCGGACAAUGGAACCUUUGUCACAAACGAAACCAGACCAGCAAAUUUUUUCAAACUCGACACCUCAUACCGAGACACAGAUGGCCCUCCGUCAAUGCGAACACCCUCAGCACGUCGCGAAGAAGCAACCCGUCUCGACGAUGAUCUACUCUUAUUGCAAGCCGAGCGCGUAGCAUCACGUUCAACUCAAGCCGCCGAAGAAGGUGAACAUAUCUCAAUAAGUCGCUCACGUUCACGAUCGCAUCGCAGAGAGCCCGUUGACGAGUUCGACGAGGCUACAAACCCUCUUCAUGAAAAGGCUGCUCUUUACAAGCCACCCGAGAAACCCAAUACCAAGCUGUCGGCCUUUGUGAAGAAGAUUCAUCAGUCUAGUUUUAUCAUUCGCUAUUUCACUUACAUCGCCCCUAUCGUUUUGCUUCUGCUUAUUCCCUUGCUUGUCGGAGCUCUCAAAUUUAAGAAUGCCUCUGUUGGCGGAGUGAGGCUGGUGUGGUUUUCAAUCUGGUUGGAAAUUGUCUGGUUGACUCUAUGGGCUGGUCGAAUCGUCGGCAAAUGUCUUCCUCCCGUCGUCGGUGUUCUGGCUAGUAUUUUCACCAACAACGCGAAGAAAUGGCGCGAUAUGGCGCGGCAGCUCGAACUGCACGCUGCUCUGUUCUUCUGGUGGUUAGGCGUCGAGAUCUCCUUUUUGCCGACAAUGAAGAAUCACCACGUGGACGGCAACACGGACACUCGCAGCUGGGAAUCCACUCUUAACAAGAUCAUCAUCGUUAUCUUCGUCUGGACCAUCCUGAACCUGAUCGAAAAGGUCAUUAUCCAGCUCAUCGCUAUCAGUUUCCACCUCCGUACCUACGCCGAUCGCAUUGAGAUCAAUAAAUUCCAGAUCGGAAGUUUGACGAAGCUGUACGAUUGGUCCCGAGCCCGCAUCGAAGAAUCCGACGAAGCAUUCCAAGAAGUGGCUGCAAAUAAUGCUCCGUCGGGUACCCGCACUCCUCUGCAGUUUGCGGACAAGGCACAUAAAAAGGCCAAGGGUGCUCUGAGCAAAGUCGGCCACAAGGUGGGCGAUGUGGCUGGCGCGGUCGCUGCUGAUUUCACUGGUCGCAGGGCAACCCGAAGCAGUGAUCCGUACCAGGUCGUUCUCAGUUUGCUUCGCAGUACUUCUGGAUGCCAAGUCUUAGCGCGUCGUCUAUAUCGUACCUUUGUUCGUGACGGGUUUGAAACUGUAUUUUCCGGUGAUCUGAAGGAAGCCUUCGAUAAUAGCGAUGAGGCCGAGGCCGCGUUCACCAUGUUCGAUCGGGAUAUGAAUGGUGAUAUUUCCAUGGAGGAGCUAGAGGCUGUGUGUGUUGAUAUCGGUCGGGAACGCAAGUCGAUCACUGCUUCGCUCAAGGAUCUGGACUCUGUCGUGUCGAAACUUGAUGAUAUUUUCAUGUUCUUCGUCAUUGUUGUUGUCAUCAUCGUGUUCCUGUCCCUGAUCUCGACUUCCGCCGCCGGUGUUCUUACCUCUGCUGGAUCUAGCAUCCUCGCCCUGUCCUGGUUGUUUUCGGCCACAGCCCAAGAGUUCCUGCAAUCCGUGAUUUUCGUCUUUGUCAAGCAUCCAUUUGACGUCGGUGACCGCGUGACCGUGUACGGUAACUCUGGUGAUACCGGCCUAGGCGAUGACUACUUCGUCAAGGAAAUUACUCUUCUCUACACCGAGUUCAAGAAGAUGCAAGGCCACAUGGUGCAGGCACCAAACAGCUACCUGAACGGUCUUUUCAUUCUGAACCAGCGCCGCUCCGGCGCCCUGGCCGAGGCCGUGCCAAUCAUCAUCAAAUACGGUACUACCAUCGAGCAGCUGGAUAGCCUGCGCCAGCGUCUCCUAGAGUUUGUGCGCAGCGAGAACCGUGAUUACCAAGGCAACCUCCUGACCGAAAUGCGCGAAGUGACCGAGAACUUCUCCCUCACCCUGAACGUCGUCUUCUUCUACAAAUCAAACUGGCAGAACGAGGGUCUCCGUAUGCAACGCCGUAACAAGUUCAUCUGCAUGCUCAUGAUCGCUCUGCAAGAGAUUGGAAUCGAGGGCCCACGCAUGAACCUGCAAGGCGCCACGCACGACUUCCCAGUCCACGUCAGCUAUGGCCAAAACAUGGCCGGCCCACCCCUAAAGCACAAGGACUCGCACGAGAUCGAAGAACUGGACGCGAACACCUCAACCCCCCUUACAGAAAAAAGUUCCAUGCGCACCCACCCCUCCAUUCUCCGUAAGGGCAUGAACGUCGCAGCCGCCCGCGCCCGCGGCGAAUCCUUCUCCCGCAAACACGUCGACUUCUCCCUAGGCAUGUCGAACCUGUCGUCAGGUGAUGUAAUGGGCGACGUCUUCGAAGACAAUGGCCCGCGCAUGAACGACGUUGUCCGAACUGUGAACCGCGAAAAUGCCGAGCGCCGCAUGCAGGAAAUCCUCAUGGAGCAAGAGGAGGAAGAAGCGCGCAGCCAGUCGUCUUCGCGCAAACCCUCCAACUCACAUCAUAGCGCCUCUACUGGUCAUGAACCUCGCAACUCAAUAGACGCAAAUAGCUUCCGCAGUGGCGCAUCGUCUGUGACUAGGAAUAGAUUCUUCCGUCACCGUAGUAGUCUUAGUCGCGACGCGGAUGAUAUUAUGGAGCAGGGACGUGUUGGCACACCGCCGCCUGCUGCUAUGUCUGAUCGUAAUCGUUGA